ACAGAGGACCACCGCAGGCCCACAGCCACACACCAGCACCAUGCGAGAGUUCAAAAGCAAGGCGUUCUGGAGGGCCGUUCUGGCCGAGCUGGUGGGCAUGACCCUCUUCAUUUACCUCAGCAUCUCCACAGCCAUCGGGAACAAAAACAACGCCAACCCGGACCAGGAGGUGAAGGUCUCGCUGGCCUUUGGACUGGCCAUUGCUACACUGGCCCAGAGUUUAGGCCACAUUAGCGGAGCCCACCUGAACCCUGCCGUCACUCUGGGCAUGCUUGCCAGCUGCCAGAUCAGCGUCUUCAAGGCAGUCAUGUACAUUGUGGCUCAGAUGCUGGGCUCAGCGCUGGCCAGUGGCAUCGUGUAUGGAGCUCGGCCAAGCACCACUAAUGCACUAGGGGUCAAUGCUCUUAACGGCGUCACGCCCAGCCAAGGCGUUGGUAUUGAGCUCCUGGCAACCUUCCAGCUGGUGCUGUGUGUCAUUGCAGUCACUGAUAAAAGGCGGCGUGAUGUCACCGGCUCUGCACCGUUGGCCAUUGGCCUCUCGGUCUGCUUGGGACACUUGGCAGCUAUCAGCUACACAGGGUGUGGCAUCAACCCCGCGCGCUCCUUCGGUCCAGCUUUGAUCAUGAAUGAUUUUACAAACCACUGGGUGUACUGGGUGGGCCCGAUGUGCGGAGGCGUGGCGGCCGCUCUCAUCUAUGACUUCCUCCUUUAUCCCAAAUUUGACGACUUCCCCGAGCGCAUGAAGGUCCUCGUCAGCGGCCCGGUGGGAGACUACGACGUCAACGGAGCCGAGGACAUGACCGCUGUGGAGAUGUCGUCGAAGUAGGUGCCGCGUAAGCACCGCCGCGUUAAUGUAAAGUACCUAUAGAUGCUUGUCUAUACUCCUGUACGAAAGCCAUCGAAUAUACCUUAGGGUGUCAGCAAAUGUAUGACUUUUUAAAUUACCGAUCAAGACUCCUUUUGUGGUAACGGGUCAGUCAGUAUGUCGUUCUAACUCGCUCAUUCAGUCGACCGCGCACCGUUUCGUGCCCAGUCGCCACUCGAGCAAACACACGUUGAUUUGUGAUAAUCCCGACAGAGCAGCUCCUUGUUUUGAAUGAUCCUCCGUAUCAGUAUUCUAUGUGAAGCCAUGUGUUUUUGUAUACAUAUUUCUAAGUACCUGUAUGACUUUUUAUUACUGAUGUAUAUUGUAUUACAUGUGUAAACUCUUGGAUUGCCUAUCACUUUUGUAAGUAAUAAAACAAAGGUUCUUGACACAUGCCUCCCUCGGCACUCUACUGUUAUAGUUUUCCAUAUAAAUACAGAUUAUAUAUU